AGUGUUGUCGAGUACUUAUUAUUUAUAGUCUAAACGCAUAAAGAUGAAGAGAAAGAAUUCGCCGCUGCCUGAGGAUCUGGAAAACGAGAUGGAGGAGUCCGGCUCCUCUCAAGACGAGGGGGAGGAGGAGGUUGAGAAAGACAGAGAGACGGAGGAAGAGAACGGUAAGAAACGCAAACGUUCCAAAAAGACCGUUACACCCGUGGACUCGGAGGAUGGAGUCCUGCGUCCGAUUAAACUGACCCGCGGAGAGCUGUACAGACCGCCGACAGUAGAGGAGCUGAACCAGCUUAAAGAAGCUGAAAGCCUUUUUCACUGCAGCCUCCUCAAGAUGCAGAUGGAGGAGUUGCUGAAAGAGGUAGCCUUAAGUGAGCGCAGAAAGAAACUGGUGGACUCAUUCGUGCUACAGAUCACAGAUGUUCUGCACUCUGUGCCUCACUCUCCAGUGGUGGAGUUGACAGACCUGUCGUGGUUAACAGAUGUUCAGGUGCCGUUUCUCCUGGUGCCUAAAGCAGUCAAGGGCAAGUUUCACAUGGAGCCCCCAGCAUCUGUCACUCUGGUUGGCAGUUACCCACUGGGCACAUGCAUCAAGCCACGGGUCACUGUCGACCUGGCCGUCACUAUUCCAUCUGCUAUCCUGCACCCCAUGGAUGCUAUAAAUCAGAGGUACCCUCGAAAGAGGGCCCUGUACCUCGCUGGCCUAGCCCAGCAUCUCCUCUCCUCUCCAGCUGUCGGAACGCUGCGCUUCUCCUGUCUCCAUGGCAACCGGCUCCGCCCGCUCUUACUCGUCACGCCUCCAGGGAAAGACAGCAGCAGUGUGACACUGCGUAUACACGCCAUCCCUCCACCCGAUUUCCUCAAACCCAGUCGGUUCCACCCACAGAAGAACAACAUCCGCAAAGAGUGGUUUACCGGCAUGGAAGAACCAGAAAAAGAGACCAGCGAGACUCCCACUCCUCAUUAUAACAGUACGGUGUUGGGAGACCACCUUCCCCAGGCUCACCUCCAGUUCCUGUCUGCAGUCAGGGACCAGUGCCCGGCCUUUAAAGACGGCGUCGCCCUUCUGAAAGUGUGGCUCAGACAGAGAGAGCUCGACCAGGGUACAGGCUGUUUCAGCGGUUUUCUCGCCUCCAUGCUGCUGGCCUACCUCCUCUCCACACACCGCGUGGGAAAAAGCAUGAACGCCUACCAGCUCCUCCGAAAUGCUCUCCACUUUCUGGCUUCCACAGAUCUCACAGAGAAUGGAAUUACGUUGGCCAAGGAUCCAGACUCAAAAGCGCCCUCUGUGGCUGAGUUCCAGGCUGCGUUUCAGGUUGUCUUCGUUGACCCCUCAGGGCACCUCAACAUGUGUGCAGAUAUGACUGCCUGCACCUACAAACAGAUCCAGCAUGAGGCAUCGCUGUCUCUGCAGUUUUGGGACGACCCCACUCUGAACGGCUUCCAGGCCCUGUUAAUGACGCCCAAACCCCUCAUCAGAACAUAUGAUAACAUCUUCCAACUGAGUGGUCUGGUGAAUCUACAGGCCUCUUGCAAGAAGCUGAAGUUGCUUGGCGAGCUCAUGGACCACAGUGGAAACUACGUUGUAACGGUGCUUCCUUUUCUUCUUUCCCUGCUGCAACGCGGACUUGGAGAAAGAAUCUGCCUGCUCACGCACUCCCUUCCCCCUGAUCCUGAGUGGCCUGUAGACUCUGAGCCGCCCAAACAUAAGGACCAAGCUCCCCUUAGCUUCGGCCUGCUGCUAACCCCAGAGCACGCCCACUCGGUGCUGGAGAGGGGGCCUCCAGCAGACAGCCCCCAGGCGGCAGAGUUUCGGCAGCUGUGGGGCUCGCGGUCAGAGCUACGGCGUUUCCAGGAUGGAGCGAUCACAGAGGCCGUGCUGUGGUCUGGAGUCACAGCCUGUCAGAGGAGACUGGUCCCACUGCAGAUUAUCACACACCUACUGCAACUUCAUGCUGAUAUACCAGAGUCAUGUGUGCGCUUCAUUGGAGGAGAGGUGGAUGAUGUCAUCAGAGUGGGACGAGAGGCACCGAGCACAGGUGAAGAGGAGAGUCUGAAGGUGGUUCAGUGUUAUGAUGACCUGAGUCGUAAGCUGUGGCAGCUGGAGGAUUUGCCGCUGUCAGUCACCGCCGUGCAGGGAGCACAUCCUGCCCUCCGAUACACACAGGUUUUUCCUCCUGUCCCGCUCAAGCUGGACUACUCGUUUUUUGGGAGGGAGAAAACAUCCCGCGCUUUAGUUCCACAGCAGGGUAAACCCUGUCCCGUCUACAUCACGCCCAUUAAAGUGAUCUGUCAUGUGGAGGGCAGUGGGAAGUGGCCACAUGACAAGCAGGCGAUCCGUCACAUUAAAGCAGCCUUCCACAUCCGCCUGGCCGAGCUACUCUCCAGCCAACACAAAUACACAUGCAAAGCCUCCCCAACACACCUAGACGUCUGGAAGGAUGGGGUGGCAUUCCGUAUCCAGGUGGCGUAUCACAGGGAGCCCCAGGUGUUACGUGAGAGUGUGACUGCAGAAGGCAUGCUCAUACACAGAGACAACCCAGAGGCCAGAGCACUGGAGUUAGAGACACAGCACAGAACACACCUCACCAGCACACUGCACGGGCUGCAGCAGCAGUACCCGUGUUUCGGAGCUGUGUGUCGUCUGGCCAAACGCUGGCUAGCAGCCCAGCUCUUCAGUGCAGACAUAGGACAGGAUGCAGCCGAUAUCCUAGUGGCCUCACUGUUCCUCCAACCUGCACCCUAUACUCCUCCCAGCUCUCCUCAGGUGGGUCUUCUUCGUUUCCUCUUCCUCCUCUCUUCCUUUGACUGGAAGAACAACCCACUGGUGGUGAACCUCGGUAACAAACUCACAGCUGCUGACUACACUGAGAUUAAGAACAACUUCGCUGCCUCGCGUGACUCUCUGCCCAUCAUGUUCAUCGCUACGCCCAAUGACAGCAAAGUCUCCAUGUGGACCAGGGAGGCCCCUUCUGUCCAGAUGCUUCAGCGUAUCGUCAUGGUAGCAGCGGAAAGCCUACGGGUUCUGGAAGCCCAACUUAUGGACCCCAGUCAGACGCAGGAUGUACGGGUGGCUUUCCGACCGCCUCUGGACAUGUACGACGUGCUGAUCCACCUGAAUUCCAAGCAGGUGCCUCUCAUUGGCAAGGCCGUCGACCGUCCUCGUGCCACCUUUUACCAGGGCAUCAAGGAGGGCACAGUGGCCAGCAGUGGAGGGGCUCUGCCCGUAAUCGACUACGACCCCGUCAAGCAGUACCUGACAGAGCUCAGGGAUGCAUUUGGAGAGCUGGCCUUGUUUUUCUAUGAUCCGUAUGGUGGAAGUGUGAUUGCUGUGCUGUGGAAGCCAAAAGCUUUUGAGCCAAAACCCUUUAAGACGUCUCUGAUAAACGCCCGGAGUGUAAAGGUGACUGACGCAGAAGUUUCUACGGUGCCGAACAUCGAGGCCAUCCUAGAAGAUUUCUGCAUUAUCGGCGAAGGACUCGUCAAAAAAGUGGAGCCAAGGACUGAAAAAUGGGUCGUCUAGAGUCCCAUUAAAACCAUGUUUU